AUGAGGAUCGAGCUGUUAACUAUACAUGUGCGCAAACCUGAUCUCAAACUGACCAUCAGUUUAUAUAUAAUGCCUAUCUAUAAAAUAAACAACGAUGGUUAUAACGAUUAUAUGUUGGCCAUCGAUAUACCCGAUAGUGUUGAGACAAUCAAAGAUCUCAAGAGUUUUCUACUGACCAAAGGUCUGUACAAUGAAAACACCCACAGUAUUGGACUCAAGUGCCUAUCAAUGGACUCAAGUAACAAGAGUUACAUGUUAUUUGAUGAUGAUCACAAAUUGGACAGUUAUUGGCGUGACAAUGCCUUUGAAAUACUCAUCUGGGCCAAACUCGACGCACAAUCACUAUGGUAUGGUCCGAGUAAAGAGUCGGAAGAAAAUAUCACUCAAUUGUGUGAAGAGAUGUCGGCUCUGAAGGCAAGCAAUGAGUCCGAAGUGAAGGCAUUAAAAGCACAGCUCAAGACAUCCAACGACUCAAUGGAGGCAAUGGAGAAAGGGAUCUAUGAUUUGAAUCAAAGCAAUCAACAAAUGGUCACAGAUUUGAGUGAAGUGUUGGCAUUGAAAACACAGCUCAAGACAUCUAAAGACUCAAUGGAUACUCAGAUCAAGGAUUUGAGACAACAAUUAUGUGAUCAAAAAUUGGUUGGUUUCAGCGAAGAGUUCAACGCAAGCAAUGAGUCCGAAGCGAAUCCAUUGAAAGCACAGCUCAAGACAGCCAUGGAUUCAAUUGAGACAAUCACUGAAGAGAUCAAUGAUUUAAGAGAAAAGGAUCAAACAGUGGCCACAGAUGUUAAUGAAUUAGAUAUAAUCGUUAUAACCGUAAUAACGCUAUUCAUAACGUGUUUAUUAUACGCCGAUUAUUAUGUGUGGAAAACAAUCAGUGGUUUGAGUGAUGGGUUGCGGGCAUUGAAGGGAUCGAAACUUAUCAUUGAAUCCGAUGUCAAACAAUUGGCUCAACAAAUGAAUGCACAGAAUAUAAGAUGUUCAGCGAGUGAUUCCUCUUCAAGUACUUCAUCGAUCGGAUCCCACAAUCAAUUGACCACUAAUUCAGACAAAAUCAGUGAUGAUAUCUAUAUUCGGGAAACGUUUAAGAAAAUUGAGAAUCAAAUCAAAACUCAAUACCAAAUGACAUACACUUUAUUGAAGGCUUUGGUUAUAGAGAAUGGGUUGUCAUUAAAAGCACUCGAAGACAUCAGACAAUUGACCGAAGACUCAGAAGACAGCGAAUCCAUGACUUGUGUUGACCAAAAAUAA